CUGAAGCCGCUGCUGGAGAAGUGGCUCAACGACGCGGAGUCGAUGUCGGCGGACGCGGCGCUGCCGGCCCCGCACGCGCUGGGCAGCCCGGCGCUGAGCGCCUUCGAGGGGCUGCCGGGGCGGCGCCGGAAGAAGCGGACCAGCAUCGAAACCAACGUCCGAUUCGCGCUGGAGAAAAGCUUCCUGGCGAACCAGAAGCCGACGUCGGAGGAGAUCCUGCUGAUCGCGGAGCAGCUGCACAUGGAGAAGGAGGUGAUCCGGGUCUGGUUCUGCAACCGGCGCCAGAAGGAGAAGCGGAUCAACCCCUGUGGGGCGCCCCAAAAAGGGCCCUACAGCCCCCACACGGUGCCCAACCCCGCACUGCCGCCCCCCCAGGCGACCGCUGCGCUCAGCACAACAGUGACCCCCCCCGCGCUGCCGUCGCCCCCUGGCCUCUGGUGGAAGCCUGCCCAUUGCCAGCCUUGA